AUGUGGGUCUCGAGCGGACGGAGCCUGCUUUGGGGCUUCCUGGUGUCGCUAGUGCUGUUCCAAAGUGUUUUUGCAGCUUCGUGCAAAUCCGGCUGCCCGACACCGAACAAAUCUACCAAGUACAGCUUCAAGCCCGGCACCGUGUACAGCUACGAUGUGGACAGCUUCGUGCAGAUUCAGCAAGCGGACAAGGCCGCCGACAAGCAGACAACGCUCAAGGUAGAAGGCAAGGUUGAGCUGUACGCCGGAGACAACUGCCAGUACACUCUGAAGGUGGUCUCGCUGACGUCCUUUGCUCCGGAUGGCAAGAAAACUGCUUUCGGUGCGGAGAUCAGCAAACCGGUUCGGUUCACCCUGUCCAACGAUGAACUCCUGCCGGAGAUCUGUACCGAGGCGGACGACACCGACUUCUCGGUGAACGUGAAGCGUGGUUUGAUCUCGCUGUUCCAAUCGGCCCAGGAGAAGAGCACCGAGACGGACGUGUUUGGCGUAUGCCAGACGUCUUUCUCAAGCUACACGGCUGACGGUGCAACCGUUGUGGACAAGAGCCGCGACCUUAGCAACUGCGCGUACCGUGAGUCACUGUCGAACAGCUUCGUGACACGCAUUGUCAACAGCAAGGCUGGCAUUAAGACUACUCCACUGCUGCAGAGCUUCUACAACAACCAGCAGACGUUCAAGGAUGGCCUGCUCAACUCGGUCAAGCUGGGUGAGGAGUACCAGUACCUACCCUACCUGAAGGAUAAGGUCGGAGUGACGGCCAAGGUAACGACGAAGCUGACACUGAAGGGCAGCAAAGCUGGCGCCGCACCGGCUGCCGGCAACGAGCCGCGUUCGAUCAUUUUCGAAAAUCCGGACCAACAGCCAACGAGCAACUUGGCCAACAUCAAGCAGGAACUCCGCCAGACCGUCGAGUCGUACACCAAUGGAAAUGUGGGCAAGAAAACGGCCAACUUGUUCGUCGAGUUGAUCCAGCUGAUGCGUUACUCGAAGAAGGAGGAUCUGUUGGCGCUGUACAACCAGGUCAAGGCUGGUAGCGUCCACUCGAACAAGGAUUUGACCCGCAAGGUCUACCUGGACUCGCUGUUCCGCGUAGGAACUGGCGAUGCCGUCGAGGCUAUCACGCAGCUGUACAAGAACAAGGAAAUCACCGACGCACAGGAGGUGAAGUUGGCCUUCGUAUCGCUCAAUCUGGUUGACUCGAUGACGCACAGUGCCUUGAAGGCCGUGAACAAGCUGCUGGAAGGUAACCCACCGCGUGAGGCCUACCUGAGUGUGGGUUCGCUGGUGAGUAAGUACUGCCAGAAGCACGGAUGCCAGUCGGCGGACGUGAAGGAAAUUUCGAACAAGUUUGCCUCCAAACUGGGCAAGUGCCAAGCAGGCACGCGUUCCCAAGAGGACGUGCUCGUAGCCGUGCUUAAGGGUGUACGCAACUCGAACAAUUUGGUUGCACCUCUGCUGGAUAAGGUUGUUCAGUGCACGGGUCCGGAAGCCUCGUCUCGAGUGCGUGUUGCGGCUCUCCAGGCAUUGCCGGCUGCUUCCUGCAACAAGAAGGUGGUCAACUCGGCUCUCGCCACUCUAAAGAACACGAACGAGGACUCGGAAAUCCGCAUUCACGCUUACCUGUCGCUGGUGGAGUGCCCGUCGGCCAACGUAGCCAACGAGUUCAAGACCCUGCUGGACAGCGAGAAGGUGUACCAGGUUGGUUCGUUCAUCACGUCGCAUCUGGCCAGCCUGCGCUCUUCGGUUGAUCCGACGCGUGAAGCAGCACGGCAACACUUUGGCAAGAUUCGUACCUCCAACAAGUUCCCCUUCGAUGUGCGCCGAUACUCGUUCAACCGUGAGUUAUCUUACGCCGUCGAGUCACUUGGCGUCGGUGCUAGUGCGGAUACUAGCGUGAUCUUCUCGCAGAAGAGCUUCCUGCCGAAAUCGGUGGCAGUGAACUUUACGGCCGAGGUGUUCGGAAAUGGAGUGAACGUGUUCGAGCUGGAGGGUCGUCAGGACAACCUGGAGCGCCUGGUCGAGCACUACUUUGGCCCGAAGGGAUUUUUCACCGGCAUGGACCUGCAAACGGCAUACGACACCUUGUUCCAGCAGUACCAGAAGAUGUCGGAAAGUGCUAAGGCACGCUUCCGCCGUGGCAUCCGCGAGGAUGUUCGUGCACUGGCGAGGAAUGUCAACUUGCACAACGAUGCACUGCAGGACUUCAACUUCGAUCUGACGGUGAAGGUCUUCGGAUCGGAGCUGUUCUUCUUGAGCACGGGUGAGAAUCUGCCUACCAAUCCGGAACAGUUCCUCGAGAAGGCGCUGGAGCUGUUCGAUAAGCUGGUUGAGGGCGCAAAGAAGUUCGAGCGUACGUUCGAGCACCAUGCUCUGUUCUUGGAUACCGAUCUCGUUUACACCACUGCUGUCGGUUUGCCACUAAAACUGUCGGCCCAGGGUGCAGCUGUAGCCCGUCUUGAUGCCGCCGUCGAGGUUGACCUGAAGGCGUUGGUCCAGGACUACACCAAUGCCAAGUUCAACGUGAAGCUGCAACCCAGCGGUAGCUUCGAAGUGACGGGAACUCUUAGCGUCGAUGCGUUCAACGUGCUGACCGGUAUGCAGGUGGCCGCUUCGGGUCAUUCCUCUGCCGGAGCAGCGGUCAAGUUCGCUCUUCACGGAGCUACCGCUUACGACCUGACCGUGGACUCGCUUCAAACCAAGCAGGAACUGGUUUCUGUCACCUUCCGCGAAGUGAUUAUCACCCGCGAGCGUGGCAACCCACUCAUCGUCCUCCCCGCCAAGCGCAACGACGCUGGAACCAAAUUCAGCGAAUGCUUCGACAACCUUUACAACGUCAUCGGUGUGACCGUUUGUGCGGCUCACAAAGUCCAAGGCCAGGAGGAAGUCUUCGAGGCUUACCUGGAAGUUGAACCGAAGUUCCAGUUCUCCGGAAAGUUUGACAACUCCAACCCCCGUCAUGUGACGCUGCAGAUGAGCUUCGAUACCCCCGGAACGCAAACGAAGCGCGCGACAAGCCUCCUCUUGGAGGGAGUGACCGGCGGUGAUCUGUAUGUUAAGGCGACGCUCGAUUCGCCGUUCCGCAAGCUUGACUUCCAGCUGGGAGCCAACUACAACGACAAAGAAGUGGCCCUGUACGCUCUGGCGCACAAUGGCAUGGAAGAGUACCUGGCUAAGGUUGGCUUCGAGCGGGGCUCAAAGGGUGGCCGUGAAGAGUACGUACCGAUCUUCACCAUCCGCUCGCCGAGUGGUGACGCUCAGGUUUCCAAGUUGGUUCAGACGACGGGUAAAAUUGUGGUCGAAACCUUGGGUGGCGACAAGCGCAAGUACCUUCUGCAGAACAUUGAAUGGAACAGUCCGUACGCCCCGAAGACCACCAUCAAUGGGCACGUCGUAUCGAACGGUGAGCGUAGCUACGACGCUGACGUCGACGUGACCGUCGGUGACACGAAGAACAACGUGCUGGGUCACCUGGACUUUGAUCUGAAGCAUGUCAAGCUGGACCUUGAGAAGAAGACUCCCAGCGAUGCCAACAAAAACUUCAAGGUGAACCUGGAGCUUGCGUACACGGAAAAUUCCUUCAAGAACCUCUUCUCGUUCGCGAGCGGAAAGGAUUUCAACAAUCCCUCGAACAAGUACGAACUGAGCCAGCUGGCCGAGUUUACCCUCAAGCCGGAAGCCAAGGGACUGGAGUCGUUGAAGUUGUACAACAAGCUGCAGCUACCGAAGCAGCUGGUCCGACUGGACUUUGCCACGAACAAGAAUAAGUUCUUCCUGGACGGAGAGUACGGCUAUGAUAAGUACAAGAUUGCCGCCAAUGUGGACGCGAAGUACAACGAAAAAUCGGCCGGAGACUACGAUGUGCAGGUGGGAGCAUCGCUGAACAAGCAUUUCUUCAAGGUCUUCUCGAAGCGAGUGGUGGAGCAGAACAAGAGUCGCUUCAGCAACCGCCUGACUGCCAGCACUGGAACCAAGCUUGAAUUGAACGGUGCCGUCACGAACCGCUUCUCGACCCAGGAUGGCGAGCUCAACUUGGACGGAACAUUGGUUGCUGUUGAGAAGGCUUCACCAUACAAGCUCUCUCUGACGGUUCAGUUCUCUGCCGCAAACGUCGUCUCGAAUGCCAAGGUUUUGGUUGAUAAGGCCGAGUUCGCGACCUACGACUUCAAGCUGGAGCGUGGAAACGAUCCCAACGGCAAGUUCUCGUUUGUGGUGAAAGACUUUUUCGAUGGAAACGGUGAACUGAAGUCCACCAAGGGCCAGGGUGAACUGUUUGCGGUGGUCAACUUCCAGAAGCAGGACCGGAAGGUGAAGCUCGACACCAAGUUCAAGGUCAGCGCUCCGGUGUAUGACGUUUCGGUCGACUUGUACUACGACUUUGAGAAGGACAAUAGCAAGAAGGUUCACUUCGAAACCAAGAACAAGGCUACGCAGACCAGCUUCGACAGCAAGAAUAAGGUGGAGGUGUUCUCGGAGAAGUACGAGUUCAAUGUGCAAGGCCAGGGUAACCCGAAACCGGUCGAUGGUACGUUCACUACCAAGUUCAACCUGGUGCUCCCAACCGGACGUCAGUUCGGCGGUGACUUCAAGCGUGACGUUUCGACGAAAGACGAGAAGAAGUUCGGCAAGAUGGUGGCCAACGUGUUCGACAAGCAGCCGGGUGGCAAGCAACGUACGGUUGCGUACACCGGCGAGCUUAAGGAUGGCAACUUCAAGGCUAAGCUUUUCGACGCUACUCACAACGUGAAGUACACCGAUCUUGACGGAAAGACGCUGCUGUUGGACGUUGGACUGAAGCAUGUCCCGGCUGGAAGCUACCGCUCGGCCGCUGGUUCUUUGAAGGUAUCCGGAAGCCUGCUGCCGCAGGUGGCCGAGGUAGCUGUGGUCGUCGAUGAGUACUGCGAACACCAUGCCAAGUACCACGUGGACAGCAAGUAUGGUGCGGACUUUGGGCUGAACCUUGUCGGAGGAUACCACACUGGAGGACACGGUAAGCCGGCUAGCCAUGAGCUGAAGGUGGACGUGACCGCUCCUUCGGUAAAGUUGGGUGCUGUAUCGAACGGCAAGUACCUCCAACCGGAGACCGACGAUGGUGUGUACGAUUUCGAGUACAACGGUUCCCUAGAUUACAAUGGACAAAAGGCGUCGGUUGCAACCCAGGCCAAGGGUAACUUCAACCGCGGUAACGGCAAACUUAACCUGAACUUCCCGAACGUGGAUCCGAUCGCCGCCGAAGGCUCAUACACCUACGAUGGCAAGGAAGAUGGCCCAUUCUCUGCCAACGGCGCGCUGAAGGUGGCGUACGGUCAGGGCAAGAACUUUGAGUUCACCGGUUCCGCGAAGGCUCCGUCGUCGGAUGAUGUGCAGGUGCAUGUUACACUGAAAUCGGACUUUGAGAAUGUGCGUAGCGUAGAUGUUACCUUCAAGCACGCCAAGUCGGCCGUUAGCGCAUACAACACCAAGCUCCAGGUGACGGCUGAUGGCAAGAAGUUCAGCGUGGAGAACGCCGUCGUCUUGAGCGAGUCGAACCCAUCGGUGGACUUUACGCUCGCAUACCCAGAUAAGACGGUGAAGGUUUCCGGCAGCUACAAGACUCUCGGCCACAGCGCGUUCAAGGCUGACGCAAAGGUUCAGAACCUGGCGAACUUUGACAUGGAAGCAAACGUGGAGGCCAACUUUGACAGCUAUCAGACGUUCUACUUUAAGCUGUACGGUGACGCACCGAUGCUGAAAACGAACAAGUUCUCGGUGGAGGUGAACGCCAAGCCGGGCUCGAACGGAAAGGGUGUCAACUUCCGCGCCUCGGAAGGUGGCAAGGACAUUCUAAGUGGAUACGCCGAUUACUCGGUGAAGGAACAGGGCAAGGCAACCGUCAUCGAAGGCCAGGGUAACGUGAAGCUGUACGACAAGCAGCAGACCGCCACGUUCAAGCUGGUUCGCGAGAAGCUUGCGGACUCCGGAUUCUCGGGAUCGCUAACGGCGUCCGUUGGUAAGAUUUCGGCAACUCAUGAGGUACGUGUCCAGCCAAAUGACUUCAGGCUCAAGACGAGCGUGUGUGAUGAGAAGAAAAAGUGUACCAAACUGGAGAUCCUUUCGAAGUUGGAACGUAACGCGGGAGCCUUCAACCAUGAGGCUCUUGUUUCGGUCGAAGUACAACAGUACGAGCACGAGUUUGGCCUGUCUGCAAAGACCAGCGCGAAUGGAUUCAAGUUUGACCACACGACCGACGUGCAGCUGAAGGAAAAGAAUCAGCCCAAGUACCAGUACCUGUUCUACGUGCAUCCGACAUCGGCUGGUGCCAGUUUGAUCCUGCCAACGCGAACCAUUGCCGUGGAGGGUUUGCUGACGCUACCCAAGGAGAAGUUCGGUCUGUUCGAUGGUAGUGUCUCGGUUUACCUGGACAAGAAGAACGAACCGAACAACAAGGCCACGUUUGCGAUGCGCGGUGAGACCAAGAUGCUCGGAUCGGCUGGAGUUUCGGCCGACGGUGCGCUGACGUUCUCGCAUCCGACCAUCAAGGGACUGGCGAUCCGUGCCAAGGGUAGCCUGGACGGUGACAAGCAGACGGCUGAUGGAUCCGUCGAGUUUGACGUGUUCAAGAAGGCGGCCGAUAAGCUGGUUGCCAGCGUGCGUUACGCCAACAGCGACCUGUCGUACAAGGGCUUCAACAUCACGACCGAUGCAAGCGUGAGCAGCAAGGGUCUGGGAUUGAACUGUGGCUUCAACGGUCACUACGCACUGUCUCUUGCCAAUCGCCAAGCAAGCGCUGCUGGAUCGCUGACGCUGCCCUUCCAGGGAUACACCUUCGGAAGCUACUUCUUCGGCAGCCCGGAGGCAUUCGAUUUCCUGCUGACGCGCUUCGGAGAUGACUUUGUCCGUGCCCACGGAUCGUACGACGCGAAGAAGUACCGCGGAGAUUUCACUUCCACGUUCAAGUUUGUGCCAAACCGUCCGGUCGUGUUCGAGUCGCAGCUGAACGGACUUUCGUCGGCUAAGUUCUCGUUCAAGCAGGAUCAGUUCUUCAGCGCCGAUGGUACUUUCGGAGUGGACAAGGCCGUCGUGCUGAACGUUGUCGGAGAAGGCAAGCCGCUGCUGAACGCUAAGGUGACCCUCGAUGCGAGCCACUUCCUGUCCACCGAGUACAAGGUUGAUGAAGCGAACGCUAAACUGUUCCUGCAGUCUCUGAACAAGCAACUGCAGGCGGACUUUGCCGUGGUGAAGGAUGACGUGACUCAGCGCUAUGGCAAGCUCACGCAGGAUGUGUCUACACUUUCGUCGAAGGUGGUAGACGCACUGCCCGACUUUGGCAAGUUCCAGCAAAGCUAUGCCGCACAGUUGCAGAAGCUCCAGCAGGACGUCAUGAGUGACCCGACGUUGGCAGAGUUUGUCAACCAGGUUGCGAAGGUGUUCCAAGCGUUGAGCGAAGUGUUCGGUCAACUUUCGCAAGUGUACAUCGAGACGCUCCGCAAGGUGACGGCCAUCGUAACGGAUGUGUUUGGACAGCUGAUGGAAACUUUCAACACGAAGGUGCUGCCGGCGUUGCAGGAACUGUCGACGAAGGUGGAGGCCAUCUUCUUCAACAUCUACGAGGAAACCGUGAAGCUGCUGAUGGCUGUGUUCGAGCGUACCGUCAAGGCGCUGAAGGUGUUCGAGGAGGACUUCAACAAGAUCGCCAACAACGUUUCGGAGCUAUUCAAGACGUUCGCACAAACCUUCAGCAAGGCUGUCCAGGUGCUCGAGAAGGAGCUCAAGGAUCUGUACAAGCUGGUCCAAGAGUACUUCGAGUCGUUCGACGAGUUCAAGGUGGUCAAGGAAAUGUUCCAGGAAUACUUCGAUGGUGCCGAUCGGUACGCGUACCAGCUUCUGAGGGAACUGCUGACGCUGGUCGAGGCACUGUACCCGGUGCCGGAGGUGCAGGAGUUGACCACGGCCAUCAACCAGUACGUGAGCAACAAGCUCGAAAACAAGCCUGUCAACGAUGUCGAAGAGCUGAAGAAGCUGUUCGUGAGCUUCGUGAAGGUGCUGCACCAGGCGGUGGAGCGACUCAUCUCGAAUGUGAACCUGCAGCUGGCCGAGCCAACGCUAGGCAGCGAGAGCUUUACGUCCUUCUUCACCUUCAAGUUCCUACCGUACGUGUCGAGCGUUCAGUUCAGCCCGUGGAACUUCUUCAAGAACGAGAAGUUCUACUCGGUGCGCGAUCUCAUCCACCAGCUGCGCCUGUAUGCGUUCAAUCCGUUCGCCAAUGUCCCGCUGUUCCACAUGCACGGCCAGCUUGCCGACGGUGGACACUUCUUCACGUUCGACGACAAACACUUCACGUUCCCGGGCAGCUGCUCGUACCUGUUGGCGUCGGACUUUGUCGAUGGCAACUUCAGCAUCGUCGCAGACAUGGACAAGGGCCGCCUGAAGUCGGUGACUCUCGUGGACAAGGACUCGACGGUCGAGCUGACCAGCAAGGCCGUGGUCAAGUACAACGGCAAGGAAUCGGACCUCCCGCUUUACCAGAAGGACGUGUACGUCUUCCGCAGGUACUACACCGUCACCGUGGGUACGAAGUACGGAGCGCAGGUCAUGUGUACCACCGACCUGAAGCUGUGUCACUUCUUCGUGUCCGGCUUCUACCUUGGACGUCUGCGCGGUCUGCUCGGCAACGGCAACUACGAGCCGUACGACGAUCUAGCCCUUCCGGACGGCAAGAUUACGACCGUUUCCACCGACUUUGCCAACACCUACAAGACGAGCCAAGCGUGCGCAGCCGUUGCCGAUCACGGUCACGAUUCGCACGAACAUUCCAACCCGACCUGUGCCAAGUUCUUCGGUUCGGAAUCGUCCCUGAAGAUGUGCUCGUACCUGCGCGACCAAACCGGCUACAAGGAGGCUUGUAACCAUGCCGCUCACGAUGCCGGAGAGAAGGCUGACGAGGCCGCUUGCGGCAUCGCUCGGUUGUACGUGUCUGGCUGCCGGCUGUAUGGCAUCCCGACCGCCCUGCCAAGCCAGUGCGAGAAGUGCGUCGGUGAUGGUGGCAACCAGGUCGACGUUGGUGACUGGUUCUCGGUGAAGGCUCCGCAGAAGAAGGCCGAUGUGGUGUUCGUUGUCGAUACGGCCCUCGGCACGCUGCUCGGUGAGCUGGUGCAGGCUACGAUCAAUGACCUGCGCAAGGAACUGAAGGCAACCGGUGUGACCGACGUCAACAUCGCCGUCAUUGGCUACAGCAAGACGAACAAGUACACCAGCCUGUUCUCGAACGGUGGCAAACUGGACUACACUGGAAAGUUGGGUCAGGUGGACGUCAGCAGUGGACCGAAGCAGUGCAAGGCGCUGGUCACCGGGUUCCCGGAUGUCGAUGCCAUCCUGGAGCAGCUGCACGUCGCCGGGGAAGUUGCCAAGGAAAACCUGGGCACGACCACCGAGGUGUACGCUCUCCGUCGUGCCUUCACCUAUCCGUUCCGUGCCACGGCCAGCAAGUCCGUGCUGCUCUUCCGUUCUGAAGCGUUCGAGGAUGCACGACCGGGAACUGCUAUCAGUGCCGCGCUGGGAUUGGCAAACGUUAAGGCCCGCGGCAUCCUGUUCAACAUUGUAGCGCCGCUGAAGAAUGUCGGCCUUUCGAACACCAAGGACCAGUCGAAGGUUAAAUCGAUUGUCGGCUUUAACGAACGAGUUGUGUAUCACACGAACGACAAGAAGCGCACCGUCGGUUCGGCGGAAAUGAAGAAGUCGCUCAAGUACGACGACGUCGUCGGUGUGACCGGAGUGGAGCGUGCCGGAGGAAACUUCUUCGUGCUGCAGAACUACUCGCAGCAGAAGGCGGGCAAGGAGAAGAAGCAGUUCAUCUCGAUCGUGGCCGCCGUGCUGGCCGAUCAGUUCUCGCGAACCGAGACGACGAACGAUUGCGUCUGCUACCUGCGCAGUGGUCUGCACCCGGAGACGGUUUGCUCUGCCAGCGAUGUUCAGUUGCUGCCACCAUCGAAAAAAGCGGGUGGCGCAAAGGGAUAAACGCACGCUCUAGUGACAUUCGGAGAGGUUAUUUAUUAAGGUGCCAGUAAGAACUUCCAGAACUCCAUCGUUCCUCGGAAACGGAAAACCUACAUCACUAUUCAACAUGGGGUGGAGCGGCCAAGUCUUUAUCUUGCGGAAGCAAGACGUACCAAGACAACGGGAACACACAGAUUGGACGAGAUAUGUUUUUGUUUAAUCUGUUAAGCACAAGACUUGAUUGAUUUAAAUAAAUAUUGUGACAAGCUAAAACU